GGACAGAGGUUCACGUGAAACAAUGGGCUUUUUAGUCAUUAUGUUUUUACAAAUAAUUUAGGCGUGAACCUGAUCCACAGUGAUCCAGAGUGGGAGCUGCAGACUGAUGCCACCCUCUCUCCCAGGUCUCUCCCCCGCUUCCAGCUCGUUUCUUCCCAGAAGUCACAGCAGCAGCAGCAGCAGCAGGGCGGGGUGGGACGGUGACCUUAUAGCCUCCUGCUUGGCACCAGUGCGGGAUUUAACCAUCAGAGCCCGCUGGGACAAAGUAGCUAACACCUAUCUAACCGGAGUCGACUACCAGUCAGCACCACAUGUAUUGAUUUUUUUUUUUCAGUUUCUUCCUGGUAGCCAUGAGCAAAGACAAGCAGAGCAAGCAGGUGCCAGAGUCCACCGGACCUCUGUCCCCGUCCAAAGGCCAGAAACCCCCGAGGAUGCCCAAGUGCUCCCGCUGUAGGAACCACGGCUAUGUGUCUCCUCUGAAGGGCCACAAGCGCUUCUGCAACUGGAGGGACUGCCAGUGUCCCAAAUGUAAGCUGAUAGCGGAGAGGCAGAGAGUCAUGGCGGCCCAGGUGGCCUUGAGGCGGCAGCAGGCUCAGGAGGAGGAGCUCGGGAUUUGUAGUCCAGUUGCUCUGUCUUGCCCUGAGGUGAUGGUGAAAAAUGAAGCUGGUGCAGACUGCUUGUUCUCUGCGGAGGGACGAUCCCUGACACCCACCAGUACCUCCACUUCCUCUCUUGCUGUCACAGGGAGUCGCUCAGCAUUGUCCUCCAGCCCGUCUGCCGUUGCCCGGGCUCAUACUGACGGCCCGUCUGACCUGCUCCUGGAAACCUCCUAUUACAACUUCUACCAGCCUUCACGCUACUCCACCUACUACGGCAACCUCUACAACUACCAGCAAUACCAGGUGGAUGAUGAUAAUAUAAGGUGGUGUAGAGCUUCCAGACAGGAGAUGGUGCCAGAUAAGAAGACAGGCCCUCUCAGGGAGAUGCCCCACGGUGAUGGCCGCCUGUCGAGCCACAACAUGUCCUCUCAGUAUCGCAUGCAUUCUUACUACCCAGCAGCAACCUACCUGACUCAGGGCCUGGGCUCUGCCACCUGUGUGCCACCCCUUUUCAGCCUGGACGACAACAACAACAACAACAACAACAACAACAACAGCAACAACAACAACUGCUCUGAGACCAUGACAGCCUCCUUCCCACCCGGCAUCAUCACCACUGCUCAUGACUCCACCAUGACCUGCAGGUCCAUCAGCUCCCUGGUUAACUCUGAGAUCCAUUCUGAGUGUGAGGCCAGCAGCGAGACACCAAACUUCACCGUCAGCUCUAUCAUCGAUGAUGACGCCACCAAAUAAACGGGGCUAAACAUAAAAUUAUUUGACAAAAACAUUGUAAGAUCAGUUGAGCAAAAAAAAAAAACCUUGAUGUUCCUGCAAAACACA